CUGGCCGGGUCAGCCGUCAUUGCAUUUGGACUAUGGUUUCGGUUUGGAGGCACCAUAAAGGAUUUAUCAUCAGAGGACAAGUCCCCAGAGUAUUUCUAUGUGGGGCUCUAUGUGCUGGUUGGAGCUGGGGUCCUGAUGAUGGUCCUGGGGUUCUUCGGUUGCUGUGGAGCCAUGAGGGAGUCCCAGUGUGUGCUCGGAUCAUUUUUUACCUGCCUACUGGUGAUAUUUGCUGCUGAAGUAACCACUGGAGUAUUUGCUUUUAUAGGCAAGGAUGUAGCUAUCCGACACAUACAGACCAUGUAUGAAGAGGCGUAUAGUGAUUACCUUAAAGACAGAGCAAGGGGAAAUGGGACUCUCAUCACCUUCCACUCAGCAUUUCAGUGCUGUGGAAAAGAAAGCUCUGAACAGGUGCAACCCACAUGCCCAAAGGAGCUUCUAGGCCACAAGAAUUGCAUUAAUGAAAUUGAAAGCAUAAUCAGCAUGAAGCUCCAGCUCAUCGGAAUUGUCGGUAUUGGAAUCGCAGGCCUCACGAUUUUUGGCAUGAUUUUCAGCAUGGUCCUUUGCUGUGCCAUCCGAAACUCACGAGAUGUGAUUUGAAACUACUUCAUCGUGAGAACUGCAAUCUAGAGCUUUCAUACUAAAUGUCACAAGAGCGGCCUCAGCUCAUUCUUAAUAUUCAGAGGACAACAGGAGCUAAAAUAAUUUCCUGUCCGUUGUACAUUUGCACAUGUAUGGAUGUCUGGCUUAUUACUGGUGUGCCCCUUGAGUGAAUGUCAGUGGAUGUUGACUGAGAACGUAUUUACGUGCGAUCUGCGUGUUUCUAGUGUAUGUAUUGUACAUCAUGGGGUCUGUUUGCUGGGAAUUCCUAUUUCUUGUGAUGUAAGAGUAACAAUCUAUUUAACUACUAGAAAAAGAUAAAAAGCUUUGAGAAAUGUUUCAAAUUUGGCUAGUCAGAAAAUGUGGUAAUCAAUCAUUUCCUCAGACUUCAGCCAUGAAUGUGAGGUACAUGCAAUGAUUGCAGGAUUUCUAGUUCAUGGAAGCAGCAAGUAGAAGAAUCGGGGAAUCAGACCUCAGCAUCAAAACUGACUGUGUCUGAGUUGAGUAUAGGGGUUUCUUGGGAUUUUUUAAUAUACGUGCUCUCCCCAGAAUGCAAUAAACCAGAGUUUUAGAACUAAACACAUCUCUAAAACUAAAUAUAGCAUGGAAAAUCUAAUUUGAAUAAGUCAUGCUUUCCUAGUAUUUAAAAACCAAAAAAUCUCCCUCUGAAAAGAGUAGUCACCCAGACAAUCAUAUGCCCUAUAAAAAUGAGUGUUGGGGGGUGGCUAAAAAAAACUUUUAAUGACUUAAAAAAGCAUAUUCAUUCUUUUACAAAGGCAUGUGAGUAUUGCUUCAUCUCUUCCAUUUUCUGACUCUGUUCUAAACUAACUGCAACCCUCACAUCCUCAAAAGGGCUUUUGAUCUCAAACUCUUCUGUAUUUCUCCAACGGUAAGGACAGAAGGAAAGCAAGAGGUCUGGAGUUGCAUAUUUUGGGAAAGAAUUUUUACUGGCACUGUGUCUGUGAAAUAUCUCAUUACUUGAGUUUACAUAUUUUCCUAGUUUUUGUAUUUAUCUUAUUUAUUACCUAAAGAAUUCUUCACCACAGAUUAAAAACUAUAGUUUCCACCACUUAAAAUAAAUAAACUGAGUCCUCAACGAUUCACAUAAUAUCUUAAGAGCAUCCUUGCCAAACUAAAAGAAAACCGAAGUUGAGACAAGUUGAGAAAACAAAAACACAUGCAGACAACAUGAAUAGAUCCUUUCUUUGCAAGUCCCUACAAAAAUAAAGUGUUUAGGUUCUUUUUGGUUUUAAUACUUGCUUUUAAAUAAGUAGAACCAAACUUAGGAUCUUAAUCGCCGUACUUGGCAGUUUUAAUAAUCUGUUAGACUUACUAAAUUAUGGGCUUUUUAAAAAUUGCAUUUUAGAAGGCCACACAAAAGUGAAAAUAAGGGGGAUCCUUGAAAUCCCCACGUGAACUUCUGUACAUGUAGGAACACAAGACUUUGGGUGUGCACUGAAGGAAGGUGCCGUGUUCCCAUGCUACAAAACGUUUUGCUGAAAGAUAGACCUGCUUGAAAGAGUCUCAUUCCCAUACAGCACCACCUCUCUCUCUACCAUCCUUGCUACUGCUCCUAACUUUGGAGAAAACUUUUCCAGAAAUUAGAAAUAAGCUAAACACUUCACUGCACAUGGCUACUUUACUGUGUCCUUAGUUACUAAAAAGAUUAUUUUUAGAAAAGAAAACUUCAUGAAAUAUAUGUUUGUACCCAGUAGUUGAUAAAUGUAUCUUUUAAGCAAAGAACGGUCCAUCUUUCUUGGUAGCUUUAGUUCCUUCAUCUGCUUGAAGAUAGGAAAUAGCCCCAAGUGUGUACUCAGGUCUGUGCUGGACAGAAUUCUCUCCAGUUCCCCAUCUGAAUUAACAAAGAAGACCACAGUAAUUAAACAUGGAAGAAUAGAAAUAAUUUUUUUUAAAAAAUUUAAGUGAUAGACUAGAGAUCUGUUCUAAGUAUGUAUCUCUUUGGGGUUAAACUAUUCAAAGUAAGUGCAUGAGUAAAAUUAGAGAAUUCCACCACACACACACACACAGAUGCAUAUAUGUAUAGUCACAGAUAUAUAUACAUAGAAUAUAGAGAGAGCUAUGUCUAUAUAGUUAUAUA